UUUUUCUAGAAAUUUCUAAUAGAAAUGGCUGAAUACAUAAGUCUAAAUGAAGAUGGAGGAAUUUAAAAGUUAAUAGUUGAGGAAGGUUAAGGAGAUUAACCAUAAUAAGGAAAUAUAUGUGAGGUAGAUAAUUUGAUUAUAUCAAAGAUGUUCUAUACUGGAAAAUUGGAGGAUGGAACAAUAUUUGAUUCAAAUGAAGGAAGAGAUCCAUUUAGUUUUACUUUAGGACAAGGAGAAGUUAUUAAGGGAUGGGAUGUUGGUGUUGCAUCAAUGAAGAAAGGUGAGAAAGCACAAUUAAAGAUUAAAUCUGAAUAUGGAUAUGGAGAUUAAGGAAGUCCUCCAAAAAUACCAGGUGGUGCAACACUUAUUUUUGAUGUAUAAUUAGUAGACUUUAAAGAGAAAAAGAAAGAAAAAUGGUAUAAAUAAUUAAUAUUUAAUAUAGGGAAAUGAGUGAUGAAGAAAAAACAAAUGAAGCUAAACAAUUUAAAGAGUUGGGAACAAAUGCUUUUAAGGCUAAGAAUUAUACUGAAGCUAUUAAAUAAUAUCUUGAAGCAGUUAAUUAUUUUGAUGCUGAAACAGAAUUUGCUCAUGAAUAAAAAUUAGCUUCACAUUUAAAUCUUAGUCUUUGUUAUUAUUAUACAAAGGACUUUAAAGAAUCUUUAGAUCAUGCAUCAAAGGUUAUUUAAGAUAAGCCAAAUAAUGCUUAAUUAGUAAAAGCAUAUUAUAGAAGAUCUAUUGCACAUAGUUCUUAAGGUGAUUAUACAGAAGCUAAAAACGAUUUAAAAGCAGCCUAUGCUAUUGAUCCAAAUAAUCAAGCUGUUAUUGAAGAAAUGCAUGAAGUCUAAAAAAAGAUUAAUAUAUCCAAAUAAAAAGAAAAAGAUAUUUAUGGAAAAUUAUUUUAAUAAUCUUAUUAUGAAGAAGAGACUACUCCUGUGUCUUUAACAGAAAGCGAUCCUUCAAAUAUAACUACAUAUUUCGAUAUUAAAAUUGGAGAUGAUGAACCUAAAAGAAUGGAAUUUACAUUAUUUAAAAAGUCAUGUCCUAAAACUGUUGAAAAUUUCAGAGCACUUUGUACAGGAGAAAAAGGUAUUGGUAAAGCAGGAAAACCUUUACAUUAUAAAGGAUGUGAAUUUCAUAGAUUGAUUAAAGAUUUCAUGCUUUAAGGAGGAGAUUUCACAUAAGGAAGUAAAUAGUAUUUUUUAUUUUUAAGAUGGUACUGGUGGUGAAAGCAUUUAUGGAGAGAAAUUUGCAGAUGAGAAUUUCAAUCAUAAACAUAAUGGACGUGGAUAUUUGAGUAUGGCUAAUGCUGGUGCAAAUACUAAUGGAAGUUAAUUUUUCAUUCUAUUUAAAGAAGCAGCUUGGCUUGAUGGUAAAUUAAUAUAUUUUUAUUAUUUAGGUAAACAUGUUGUAUUUGGUAAAGUUUCUAAGGGAAUUGAAUUACUUGAUGUAAUUGAAAAAAUUGAAACAGAAUCAGAUAAACCUAAAAUUAGCAUUGUUAUUGUUGAUUGCGGAGAAAUUAAAUAAUGAUAAAUU